GCGGCUCGCGGCGCUGCAUGACGCGACGCGACGCGACGGUACCGACUCUCUCGUUGCGGUCUCGUACACACCGAUACACAGCUGGUGGCGCGGAGGGCCGGUGCACCACCUGCGCGCGAGAGAGAGGCCCUCCCCCUCCUUCCCCGACGUUCGCGAACGUACGCACGGACACGCGGCUGGUUCUCCGUCUGCUGCUGACGCUCUCCGUGCUCUCUGUCUCGCUCCUUCCCUCGCGCUCCGUUCCCUCUCUCGGGGUCGAGCCGAGCGAGCACCGGCGCGCCGCGCACGCGGCACACUCGGUCGCCGCUUCUCGUUGCCCGAAUCGGCCAGUCGUGCCAGCGCGCCACGGAGCCCGUGCUUCGUCGUCUCUCCCAUAUAUUCGGUCGGAAGGAAGGAACGGACGGACGAGCGAGCGAGCGAGCUGACCGAUCGUCCGGAUCCUCUCGCAAGCCGGCCUCCUCGUACGUGCACGCGCGACGCAACGAGAACACGCGUAGAGAAAGAGAGAGAGAGAGAGAAAGAGAUAUAGAGAAGGUUCUCGUUUCUCCUCGCUCGCGCUGCCGGCCUCCUGGUCGGCCUGAAUCGAGCCGAGCCGACGAGCAUGUCGAGGCGGGGCUCAUCCUCGCUCUGAGUUCCGCCACACGUCGUAUUCUAGAAAGAGAAAAACAACGGUCGAAACGUUCUCGAGCCGGCGCAUUUUUCUGGGACGACGGACGCCCUUCCGUUGCACGAGGAACCGCCUGCUCGCCCUUGGCUACCUGCUGCCUGCCUGCCUGCCUGCCUGUUUUGCCUUGCCUGUGUCGAUCCGCCUGUGCGUAGCGUAACCGUGGCGGUGGCGGCGGCGGUGGCAGUGGUAUUGGAUCGCGCAGAAAAUGGACACCGUAUUCUAGCAGCAGCAGCAGCAGCAGCAGUAACACGUUCGCAGUAGAAACGGGCGGCCUCGAGAGAAAAAGAGACGCACGCCGCCUGGAGAGAAAGAGAGAGAAGUUCGCGAGCGCACGACGAUAGUAUGUAAACGCCGCAACGACGACGAUUGCAACCAGGUCGGCAACGAGGUCGAGGGAACGGAGGACGAGGACGAGGGCGAGGAAGGCUGACGACGAUUCGUCGAGGUAGUAUAUCGCGCGGCCGACGUGGACCGUCUGUCGUCACCAUCGUCGUAGUCCUCGGGACGAGCCCCGAGGUUCCGCUCCGUCCGGCGUGUUAGUCGCUCGUCGUACAUCCCUCUCGACGAGGCUUCCGCGACGAUCGGCGGGAGGCCAGCCGGAGGACCUAGGGGAUGCCCGGCUCCGAUACUCGUCUUGCGACACGCGCCGCGUGCCGCGUGCUGCUGCUGCUGCUGCUGCUGCUGCCUCGCUGAAUCUUCUCCCGGAAGAGAGAGACAGAGGAGCGCGGGUCUCCGGUCUCAAAAUACUGCGCGGCGCGGCGCACACGUUUGCGAGCAGCCAAACACGAUUUUGCCAGGAUGCCUCGGGUAAGGAGACAAGUGAUCCUGGAGGAUCCGGCCAGGCCAGUCACUCCGGACAUGGUGGAAACGAAGCUGCUGAAGUCCGAAUUCCUGGACGACGGUUCUCUGGAUGAGAUCCAACCUCCAAAAGUUGCAGAGGAGACGCCGAGCCCUCAUCUGCAGGAUCACCAGUACGGACAGACACCUUGUUAUCAAAUAACGAGGAAACCUGCGCAGCCACCACCAAGAGCUGAGAUAUCAGUUCAAGCGGUAAAAAGAAGACUGAACCUGGAGGUGGGGACAACUGGUCCCAGCCAGUCCGCCUUCAAAGCACCUCGGGGUAAACGUAGAAGAUCCGGCUCAAAUUCUCUAGCUGGUCACACACCGACCAAAAGUAAAACUGUAGAAAGGACACGGUACGAUACGUCUUUGAGCUUGCUCACGAAGAAGUUUAUUCACUUAGUUGAGAGCAGUCAGGACGGUGUAGUGGACUUAAAUGUGGCGUCAGAGAAGCUGGAGGUACAAAAACGUCGUAUAUACGACAUUACUAAUGUUUUAGAGGGCAUCGGUAUCUUAGAGAAGAAAAGUAAAAACAAUAUCCAGUGGAAAGGCGGUCAGUUACCGAACAAUCGGAAUGAUAUCGCCAAUCUCAAAAGGGAGGUCGCGGAUUUGGAAGCUAAAGAGAAUACCUUGGAUCAGUUGAUUCAUGGUGCCGCUAAGAAUCUUCGCGAAUUUACCUGUGCAGAUAGACAAUACGCUUAUGUGACGUAUCAUGAUUUACGUUCAGUCUCUAUGUACAAAGACCAAGUUAUUAUGGCUGUGAAAGCCCCGACAGAAUCCUCCCUCCAUGUCCCACAUCCGAUCGAUAACCUCGGUCAACAAAAGUUACAAAUGCAUAUGAAGUCGGAACACGGAGAGAUAGAUGUGUUUCUGUGUCCUGAGGAACCCACAGUCAAAACGUUACCCUAUUCCGGGUAUGUGACAACGCAAUCUGUGCCUCAAUCAAAAGAAUCUGAUAUACCUUGUUUGCCUCCUGAAUUGUUGGUUAAUCGAGAAUGCGACGAGCGAAUCGACGAGCCAAUACCUCCAGACGAGAGUUUCAUAAAUACUCGUCUGAGUACCCCCGCAACUACAGUUACCAGUAUAACGAGCAUGAAGGAUGCCUUCUUAUGCGAAUCCGAUGAUUAUGGACCAAUGGGCGGUGGCAAAUUCCAACUCCAAACUGAGGACCAAAUCAGCUCAGAUUUGAAUACUCUCGAUUUUGGAGAACUACUAGCUUUGGAGCCACCUCUCUCCGAAAACGACUACUCGUUCUCGUUAGGCACCGAGGAGGGUCUUUCGGAUCUCUUCGAUUUUAAAUUCUAGGAAUAUCAUCGCUUAUAUUGCAUGGGCGUUCGUGUCGUUUUGGACUGCUCCUCAAAUAGACGGAACCGCCUCAUCAGUUUUAUAAUGCGCCUUCGCGUUACGCAGUGAUGGGUGGUUGGCAGUUUCUUUCCGCGCGUCGAUCUUCGCGAGAAAUUGCGAGCAUGUAAAAUUCGUUUUUGUUUAUUUAUCUUUCCCCGCAUGUCAUUAUCCAGGUAUUUUUCUACCUGGAAUUUGUUUUUCAUUUUGUACUUACAAGUACAAAGAGAUUUAAAAGAAUAGCAACGAGAUAGUCGGGGCACGUCAGAUGCAAUUUCAUAAAAUUUUCGUAAAUUUUUGAGACUGGAACCAAAGAUAGAUGCACAGACAGAUUGUGCAAAUUGUAUGGAAUGUAUUACAUUGUUUCGUAAAAUAUUUUUACACUAGCCAAUCCAUUAUUAUCUGUCGCGGAUAAAAAUGAUAAAGAAAUGUAAUUUGUCUUGCCUACGCCAGAAUAUUUUAACCUUUUAAAUAUUUUUCUUAUUCCCAUUUCAUUUCGGAAUGUCUUGUCGUAUUUUAAUUUCUUAUUGCGGAUCAGAAACUCUGAAUGUGAAGGAGCUGAGAACCGCGAGAAUAAACAUAUCACAAUAUUGUUAAUGCGUGCUUCCGGCUUGAUAUACGGUCUGCGUUGAUCGCGUUUGCGGAAUGGAUUGCGAAGACGCUAUACAAAGAUAAGAGAAUGGGGCGAAAAGAAAAGAAUACGUGUGUUGUGUGUAUGUUGUUUGUGUGUUAUGUGUGUGUGCGUGUGUGUUUGUGAAAAGAGAAAGAGAGAAAAAGGAUUGAAAGGCGAAGGCGCUUUUUCGUGCAAUCUGUAAUAAUAUUGUAAAUUGAGCUAAGAAAUAGAAGAGAAAGUGUAUGUGGGAAUUCAGAGAGAGGACAGACUGUACUCGUGUUGGACAAUGAUCUAAUUGCUCUUGUCCAACUGCAAAAUGAAUGAGACGGUUAAGUCAUCGAAUUCUUUCUGGUGCGAAGUUUUAUUCGACGGAGAGAAGGAGAGGGGAAAGAUGAGAUUGUGAGACUCACUUCGCGCGCGUGAAAAGCGAGUAUGUGCGAUAUUAUUGCGACUCGGAUUUCUUAAAUUAUAUGCGGCGGAGUUAGAGACCCUCGUCCUUUUCCCCUGGACGAUGUAUGUUUUUUUUUUAACGGAUACACAUUGCCUUGUUAGUGAAUCGUUCGACAGUAUGAUAAUCUUAUUUCGCGGUGCUUUUGUAAUUCCGACCGGUCGAGAAUGGCAAAUCAAGAUGAAUAAACAUCCGUUUUCCGUUUUAAAUAUAUUAUUUUAUUCCUCGUUAUUCAGAUGGGAAAUCGAAACGCGAUGACCAGUAAUCGUUUUACGACGAUUGUGUUACUAGCUGAUUUAUAGAAAAAAAUAUGCACGUAGAUAAAGUCAAAACGUACAUAUUUACAGAAUGGCAAAAAAUGAGAUCUUAAACUAUAUUAUCAUAUUUAAAUGCGCAUUUAAUCCCGAUUUGCAACGGUCAUAUCGUUUAAGAUCCCAAGAUUCAAGAUACAGAUACUAUAUUCUGGACUUGAUCACGGGAUUCUUUUUUAAAAAGGUUUUCUUGCCGGUGUAAACGCUUGAAUACUGUCGAGUAAACGCGGUGCUGGAAUUGUUUUAUUGAGCGAGAUUCAUGUUAGAGAAAAAGAGAAAGAGAGAGAGAGAGAAACAUCUCUUGUUCCUCGAGAUCUCAAGGAUAUACUGGAAAAAAAUAGUCUGGAAGUCCCUCAAAGGAUGUACCCUAACGUACAACUUAGUGUACGUCCAAAGCCAUAGUGCCUACACAAAAUAAUGAUGAUCAUACCCUUCUGCAAUUGUAAAUACUUUACAAAAUACAAUUAUACAAAUGUAAGCUCGCAUCAUAAAUAUACGUAUGUAUACAUUACAUACAUCCCACACACCGUGCAUAUAUAUGCAUAUAUCUAUAUAUGUGCGUGUAAAGGAAUAUAACAAAUGAGUAGACACUGCGAACAUUUCGUUAUGUGUAAUUAUAUCGUAAAAGUACGAAUUAGUUACUUUUAAUAUUAUUAAUAUUAUUAAUUAUUGAAACACAUUAAAUAAAACAAAAUAUUAGUUAAUAAUUUCAUUUAAAUACGUAUGUAUAUAUACACAUACAUAUGCGUGUACACGUAUGUGUACGCGUAGUGUGUAUUUACAUUUAUAGCGAAGGGACGUUGUGCAGGAUAAUAACGAAAUUGCCUAUUGCAUCAAUGGCUAUUGAAACUUGACUUGAAUAAAAAAUUGAAUCUUAAAAAUAUAUAUUAAUGAACAAUUAAUUUAUUGUAUGUAAUAUCCUCAUGUUCUGUGGUGCGGGAAUAAUUCCACGAGACUUUAUUUUUUUAAGAUUAAGAAGGCAUUAGCACGAAUAUAAUGAUUUUUUUAUUGUAUUAGAUCUUUCUCAAAAUAACUUGAUAAAGUCGAUAUGUUGUACGUAUUGUUACCAAUGUAUGAAAAUAAUCGUGCAUAUGGAAAUAAAGAGACGGCUAACGAUAUGAUAUUAAUUAACAUCGCAAUUGCAGAUUAUUACUUUGCACAAUGUUCGCCGCGCUCCCGUUCGCGACAGCCGGGAGGAAUUGUAUUAAUCCUGUUUUCAUUUUCCAUUUACGCUAGCUGGCAUCGAGCGCUUUUUUUUAUAUGGCCACGAGAAGACGAUGAGAGGAUGAGUAGGAAAGUGGAAUACACGUGCGUUGCAAGUGUGCGUGAGAGAGAGAGAGAGAGAGAGAGAGAGAGAGAGAGAGAGAGAGGAAAGAGAAUGUGUGAGUGUGUGAAAGGAAGAUUAUUAGUUCGCCAUCGUGAGUAGUGUAGAUUUUGCGACAAUGCGUUUUACGUAUACGUGCUUCUUUCGAUCGGUAUAUAUUUGAGAGACUGUCCGAAAUUAAUGGCAAAUACGAUUAAGCACCGAUCGAUUGAUAAGGAGAAAAAAUUGGGGGGACAAAAGAGAUGGAAGAAUAAAAGAAGAAUCGAUAUUGAUGUAUCAUUACGACGAACAUUUUGUCACGUUUUAAUGGGUCCGGCCCGCUAAAAGAACACCGCAGAGAAGAAAGUUGCAAAAUAUAAUCUUAUGUAACAUCGUACAGAAA